AUAUUUAUAAUUUACAUCUAUUUCUCUUCGCUGAACAGUUCAAUCAUUUCACUCCAGCUAAAGAUGAAGUUGUCUUUGUUAAUUUGUUUCUUUGCAUUCAGUCUUGUCUCAUGUGUUGAAUACACUGAGAUCGUUGAGUUACCAUUUGGUAAGAUAAGAGGUGCUGUUGAAUAUUGGCGAGGUCGAGCUGCUUAUGAAUACAAAGGAAUCCCUUUUGCAACUCCGCCAGUUGGAUCACGUCGUUACCUCAGAGCAACUGAGCCAAAAUCAUGGGAAGGAAUCAAAGAUACAGUUUCAUAUGGGAAAUCAUGCCCUCAAAAUGAAUGGGCAAAGGACGAAGACCAAGAUGAAGAUUGCCUUUAUAUGAAUAUUUAUGUCAACAAAGAGACAUUUGACAAUCGUGAUAAACAACUUAAACCAGUACUAGUAUGGAUUCAUGGUGGCGGUUUCAUAUCUGGAAGUGGUAAUGAACGUGAUGCCUAUCGAGGAAUACCAUUGGUAAUAGUUGAAGAUGUUGUAUUAGUAACAUUCAACUAUCGACUUGGGGUUUUAGGUUUUUUCAAUCCUGGUAAACUGAUUCCCUCACUUCCAACUAAUCUUGGUCUUUGGGAUCAAAAUUUAGCUCUUCAUUGGGUUAAUCAGAAUAUCCAUCUUUUUGGUGGUGAUCCAAAUAAAGUUACAAUCUUUGGUCAAUCAGCAGGAUCGGCGUCUGUGGCUCAUCAAAUCUUGUCUCCUCAAUCGAGAGGUUUAUUUAGAGGAGCCAUCAUGGAAUCAGCAGGAAUCUUUAGUGAUUACAUUUCAAAGGAAGAUCGAACCAGGAUUACUGAAGAUUUUAUAAAGUCUUUCAAUUGUACUAAUGUUGAUGACCCAUUGGCUUGUUUAAAAUCAGUACCCUGGCGAAAUCUUGUUAAAAACGCACCAAACACCCUUUACGUCCCAAUUUUUGGUGAUGAUUUUCUACCAAUGGAGCCAGAAGUAGCAUUUAAUCGUCGUAAAUUCAAUGAUGUUAAUUUGUUGGUUGGUGCUGAGAGAGAUGAAUUAAAUGGACUUAUCUGUGCCACUUACAAGUUUGCGUAUCUUAAAGCUUCAACUUCAGCAACUGGUACUUAUGCUUAUAUGCAUACUCAAGCUCCAUUGAAAGGCUUAAGUUAUCUACCAACAUGCGGCAGAGCCUUCGAUAAGGUUUGUCAUGGUGACGAUAUUCCGUUCAUUUUUGGAGCACCUCUUCGUGAGCCUCAAAAUUAUGAUGCAGAUGACAUCGAAUUGAGCAUCCACAUGAUGAGAAUUUGGGGUGAAUUUGCACGGUCAGGAAAACCAACUCGACAAGGUCCAAUUGAUUGGCCACUGAUUGCCGAGAAAUCAUCCAAAGUUUUGAAUUUGAUUGAAUUGAAUAAUAAAUUCCUUGGUAAAAUUGACACUACAACUGGGACUAACUGUCUUGCUAACUGAUUAGUGUCGUUCAAAUGACUUACAAUUGUUAGCUGCAAUAAGAGUUUACCUUUAUAUCAAUUGCUGUUGAAAUAAACUUACUUAUUAAUCAUAGAUUAAACCUAAAAUAACAUUUAUUCAUCUCGAUUGAAUUAGAUUAUUUCGUCUCGGAUUUGAUUCUGUAAAACUUUCAAAAUAUAAUAACAAUUUACGCUUAAGUACAA